CCAGAGCGACAAACCUGCAUCAGUGUUUGCCUGCUGCCCGAGUCGUGCAGCUGUUCCGCUGCUCGUGAACUGGUGGAGCGCAUCGAGUCAGGCACCAUCCGCGCAGCAGAAACAGGGAGGAACCGGACCCAGGCGCAGGGAUGAAGCCCGAGCUAAAGAAGCGUUUCCUCCCGUGAGGAGCGGAGCAGGAGCCUGGAAAGCGCCGGAGGGAAGCGGAGGAGGUGGAGGGGGAGAUCUCGGGGACACAUCCAUGGCGACUGGAGGAGGAGGAGGCGGCGGAGGAGGCGGAGGAGCGGCGCGCAGGAGGAGAGCGGGGCUCCCCGGGUUCUGCUGGAAAACCUGCUACUUUCCUAUCCUGUUCUGGGUGGUUUCAGUGUGCGGAGAGGAGAAGACCUUUAUAGUGGAGACAUGGCUGAAGAACUACGGCUACCUGCUGCCUCAUGACGUCCGGACGUCUGACCUGCGGCAGGAAAAAGCCAUGCAGUCUGCCGUGGCCGCCAUGCAGCGUUUCUACGGCAUCCCAGUCACAGGAAUCCUGGAUGAGACGACGAUAGAGUGGAUGCGGAGGCCUCGCUGUGGCGUUCCUGAUCAUCCUCACACCAGCCGCAGGCAGAGAAACAAACGUUACGCCUUGACAGGGCAGAAGUGGAGGGAGAAGAGGAUCACCUACAGAAUAUCAAACUACACGCCAAAGGUGGGAGAAAAGGAAACCCACAGAGCGAUCCGACAAGCCUUCAACGUCUGGCAGGCUGUGACUCCGCUCUCUUUCCAGGAGGUCCCAAACUCAGAUGUAGAGAACGACGGGAAAGACGCUGACAUCAUCAUCUUCUUCGCCUCUGGUUUCCAUGGUGACAGCUCUCCGUUUGAUGGCGAGGGAGGCUUCCUAGCCCACGCCUACUUCCCGGGUGCCGGCAUCGGAGGCGACACCCACUUUGACUCUGAUGAGCCGUGGACGCUGGGAAACGCCAACCAUGACGGUAAUGAUCUGUUCCUGGUGGCGGUCCAUGAGUUGGGUCACGCCUUGGGGUUGGAGCACUCCAACGAUCCCAGUGCCAUCAUGGCCCCGUUCUACCAGUACAUGGACACGCACAACUUCAAGCUGCCUCUGGACGACCUGCAGGGCAUACAGAAAAUCUACGGGAUCCCCACCCCCAUGCUGGAACCCACCCGGCCGUUACCCACGCUUCCUUCCCGACGGACCCACUCCACCUCAGAGUGCAAUAAUGACCGGCACUCCCGGCCAGGCCGUCCACCUGGAGAGAGACCAGCUCUUCCUGGGAACGGCAAGCCUAACAUCUGCGAUGGCAACUUCAACACUGUGGCCUUCUUCAGGAAGGAGCUGUUUGUCUUCAAGGACCGCUGGUUGUGGCGCCUGAGGAACAACAAAGUCCUGGAGGGUUAUCCCAUAGAGAUUGAACAGUUUUGGAAAGGCUUGCCUCCUCGCAUUGAUGCCGCCUACGAGAGGUCUGAUGGAAAAUUUGUCUUUUUCAAAGGUAAUAAGUUCUGGGUGUUUAAGGAGGUCAAAGCUGAACCUGGUUACCCUCAGAACCUGAAGGAGCUGGGAAGCUUUCUCCCGAAAGAUGGCAUUGAUGCAGCGGUUCGCUGGGAGGUCGUUGGGAAAACCUACUUCUUCAAAGGAAACCAGUACUGGCGCUACAAUGAGGAAAAGCGAGCCGUGGACCCAGGAUACCCAAAAUCCAUCAGUGUUUGGGACGGAGUCCCUGACUCUCCACAGGGAGCCUUCACCAGCAGAGAGGGAUACCACACCUACUUCUACAAAGGGAAGGAGUACUGGAAGUUUGACAACCAGAAACUGACGGUGGAACCUGGAUAUCCAAAGUCCAUUUUACGAGACUGGAUGGGCUGCUACCAGCCAGAGAUGGAGCGCUCCGGCAGCAACCGUGGAGACCGCCAGGUGCCCCUCGACGACGUCGACGUCAUUGUGACCAUCAAUGAUGUCCCCAAGACAGUCAACGCCAUCGCCGUGGUGAUCCCUUGCAUCCUGUCACUGUGCAUCCUGGUGCUGAUCUACACCAUUUUCCAGUUUAAGAGCAAAGGAGCGCAGCAGAACACAAUGAUGCAGCACUAUUACAAAUACCCAGUGCAGGAGUGGGUAUGACAGGGAACCAAAACCUUAAACCUUGCAGGGUCAAGCCUUUGUCGUUUUAAAGCUGGGUUAUUCAACAACAACUCUGGCAAAGGACAGACUGGAAGAUGCUGCUGGCAAAAGAAGCUGACAGCUUAAAAAAAAGCUCAGAAAGAGUAGAUCAAGACUUUGAUUUAAAAUCUUCUGAGAAGUGUUCAUAUUUAAGAAUGUUAAAACCAAACCUAUAAGGCAGUGAAAUAAAGUCCAGGGUGACGUUAAAAAAGAAAAAAUGAAGUUUGUCUACACCUCUUCUUGGACGUUGGGAGUUCUUGUUGGACCUAAAACAGCUUCUCCUUCUCAGAGAAAAUAAGAAGACUUGAGUUUGAAAAUGUCCGCCUGGUCCGGCUCUACCUUCAAGUUUGUUCCUCAGACAACUUUACAUCUGAACUGCUUUAGUUUUUAGGUUUAAACAAAGUUAUGUAAAAAAAAAAAA